AUGGGACCUGCCUCUGCCCAGGCCCAGCUGCGAGGUGAUCCCUGCUUGCCUCUGCUCUGGUUAUUCCUGGGCCCGAUCUGUUGCUCCUAUGCCCCACCAGGAUGGCGCUUCACUGCCUCUGAAAUUGUGAUCCCCAGGAAGGUGUCCCACAGAGUGAGUACAGCUGAGAUACAAGGCCAGCUCUCCUACAAGAUUCGCUUCGGUGGCCAAAGACAUGUGGUUCACAUGAGAGUCAAGAAAAGCUUGCUGCCCAGACAUUUCCCUGUCAUCACCGAUAAUGACCAAGGCGCCAUGCAGGAGGACUACCCCUUUGUCCCUCGAGACUGUUACUACUAUGGCUACCUGGAAGGGGUUCCUGGGUCCAUGGGCACACUGGACACCUGCCAUGGGGGUCUGCGUGGCAUGCUCCAGGUGGACGACUUCACUUACGAAAUCAAACCCCUGGAAGCGUCUUCCAAAUUUGAGCAUGUGAUUUCUCUGCUUGUGUUACAAAAAACACCCGGAGAGGAUGAAAAAUGUAAGAUUGGAGGGGAAGAUACAAAUCAAGCAGAUGAGGAGGCCUUGCUUGCUGAGAUGCCCAGAGCAGGACCUGUGUAUAUGUGGUGGCCACACAGGAAAUCCUUAAAAAUGCACUAUACAGUUUCUUACUCAUUAUAUCUUCAGCAGACUAAUCAGACACUUAUAGUUGAGAAUGUGAUGAUUUUAAACAACAUAGUACAUUCAAUUUUUCUAUAUAACCUUGUUGAAGUUCAUGUACGUUUGUUGUGCAUAUGGACAAGGACAGAAAAGUUUGAAGUAGGUGCCGGAAAAUGGAGGUCUAUUGACAAUGCUGUAGCUCACUUUGGCUACUGGGAAAUUAAUCUCCAUAACCUACAUCCGCGUGAUUGCUCAAUUCUUUUUACUGGAGAUAAAGCCCACCAUGCUAAUUAUUUUGCCUUCAAGAGCGGAUUGUGCAAACCCAACUGGGGAUCAUCAUAUAUAUUUCUAGCAAGAUAUCACAUAUUUAUGGGGGCAUCUCUUUCAGCACAUGUUAUAUGCCAUCUUUUCGGCUGUGACCAUGAUACAUCAGGUUGUCACUGUUUCCGAAGAGCAAAAUGUGUCAUGGCUCCUGAGCCUGGUUUUCUAGAUGUGAUGAGCAAUUGUUCUUAUGGGUCACUUGCCAGUUGGGUUAACGGAAGGUGGGAUGGUUGUUUGAGUGCUCGCAACAUACCAUAUGAUAAUAUUCCAUAUGUGGCUCCUCGUUGUGGUGAUAAGAUCAGAAAUCUGAGGGAAGACUGUGACUGUGGCACCUUAAAAGACUGUGCUAAGGACAAGUGUUGUGAGAGCCAUUGUGUUUUCACCCUUGGCAGUUCAUGCUAUCAAGGACCUUGCUGCAUUGACUGUAAAUAUGCACAACCUGGAAAAGUGUGCAGAAAUAUACUUGGUAUUUGCGACCUACCAGAAUACUGUACUGGGACAACGCAUGCUUGUCCAAGGGACAGUUAUAUCCAGGAUGGAACCCCAUGUUCACCACUGGCUGUUUGUGUGAGAGGAAACUGUAGUGACCGUGACAUGCAGUGUCAGGCCCUCUUUGGCUUCAAAAUAAAAGAUGCUGCACCAGCGUGCUAUAAAACAUUGAAUGUCAAGGGUGACCGAUUUGGAAACUGUGGGGUGAAGCCGCACCAAGGAGGAAGUCGUCCUGUUCCAUGUGAAUUAGAUGAUAUUUACUGCGGAUUGCUGCACUGUACUGCUAUCAGCAAAAUUCCUAGUGGAAAUGAGCACACUACAUUUCGUCAUAUAUUAGUACACGACGUUAAACCACAAACAUGCUUUGGGUUCGAUGCACACCAUUCUUCACAAGUACCAGAAAUGGGGCUUGUAGUUGAUGGUGCAUCAUGUGGUCCAGGAAAAUACUGCAAGGACCAAAACUGUACUUUUUAUCCGGACUUGAGGUUUGACUGUGAUGUCCAGAAAUGCAAUUUCAGAGGAGUCUGCAACAACAGAAAACACUGUCACUGUCAGCAAGGUUGGAAACCACCAAAUUGUAGUGCCGUAGGAGCAGGGGGCAGUGUAGAUAGUGGCCCUCCCCCUGAUAAACACACGGAUAGUGGAACCAAAAUAGUAACGGAAAUAGACAAGGAACUAGUUCUCCUGCUUCUUCGUUUUUUCCUUUUUUUGCUUUCGGUAGUUGUUGGUGCACUUUUCCAGCUAUAA